AAAUGUGCAGAUGGAAGUCCAGGCAUGCAGCUCCUGAAACAGAAAUAUUCUCGUUUGCAAACAGAAGGAGGACGACGUAAAGGUUUAAGUUUUAAACCUCGUUCGAACGAUGUGUUCGUCGUCACUCCAUCUAAGUGUGGCACAACAUGGAUGCAACAAAUUCUCCAUCAGUUGCGAAGUGGUGGCGAUAUGUUGUUUGAUAAUAUCAACGAUGUCAUCCCUUAUAUCGAGAUGGCUUACGAUACAGCAAACGUGAAGGAUAUUUAA